GGUGUGAUCUCGGUGGCUCUCGUAGCGCCAGUGAGAGAGAGAGUGAGAGUGAGAGAGAGAGAGAUUAUAGCGGUCUACGUCGACAGUAACCGGACUCUGUGACUCUCGGCGCUCGGGUUUGGUAGAAAGUUGAGGGAAGAGACGGAGACGGAAAGCGGGAGCGGAAACACCGACCGGCGGUGAAGGAAGAACAAUACCGAAGUCUGCUUCUCGACAUUGACACUUCCACAUCAGCAGCCGCCAUCGUUACUGAGUGGAUUUGUAGCAGCUGCUCGGGAGAGACGCUGUAAAAGCUCCACCGCAGGAAAUGAUGUAAAUGUUUAUAGAAAAACAGUUCCAUUACAUACAGAGGCGGCGAGCGCGCGCGCGCACGGGAUGCUUUGCUUCACUAAGCUCCAUUAGGAGUUACUUUGGAUAUUUUUUAUUUCCAGUAAAACCCGCACACAAUUCUCGCCUGUAUUUGGACUUUUCCGUCGACGCGAGUAUCGUGUAAGCACUCGGGGCGCACUCGUGUUCCUCGGAGCGCAUGCGUUCUCGGGAACCGGGGCUGUGAUCGGCGGGGGCGCCGCGCGCGCGCGGGUUGAUAUGGCCGCGUCGGGAGGAGCGAAGAGCGGGAAGCUGGACGAGGCGCAGGCGCUGGCGCGGAGCUGCGCGGGGAGACCCGACUUCCUGCCGUGCGACGGACUCUCCAUCUGCGCCACGCACAGCCACGGGAAGUGCUUCAAGCUGCACUGGUGCUGCCACCUGGGCUGGUGCCACUGUAAAUAUGUCUACCAGCCUAUGACCAGUGUGUGCCAGCUGCCCACAACACCAGUCCCUGCCUCGCCCUCAGAUAACACCGACACCAUAAACCUGUCAAUCUCACUGACCGAGCGUCUCCUCAGGACCGCCCCCAAAUUCAGAGCUCCACCCUGCCCAGAGUCCCCCAGAUUCUGCAUCAUCUCUGACCUUUUUGUCGACGACUACAUUGUAAAACGGAUCAACGGCAAGAUGUGCUACGUUCAGAGGCCUCCAGCAGCAGUGCCUGUUCCUCGAGAGAGGGCGCCGGCCUCACCAGCCCAGCCGCCCAGUCAGCACGCUCAAAAUCAGCCAUCCCAAGUAGCCCAAACUCCAAACACACAAGGCCAAAAGGGUCCCAAAAUGGACCACUGUUCCUCACCAUCCAGCUCAGAGGACUCUGGGAUCAACGCCUUGGGUCUUCACUACGUGGAGUCGUGCGAGGAUGACUCCUGUGAGGAUGAUGAGGAGGACGAUGAGGAGGAGGACGAUGAAUUGAGCACAGAUGGCAACUCCAGUCCUGGGAGCCUCUGGGAGCAGGAUGAAUGCACUCUGCUCUCGCCAUCCAAGUCGACUGUGGAGAUAAUUGAGAAUAUUGAGACGACUGUCUAACACAUCAAGACAAAUUGUGUUUAAAUGUUUUUUUGACAACACAUGCAUUACCAGUCUUCAACUUGAGGAUGCAAGUUGGUUGGCCACCUGGUUACAUGGUGAUAAUUACAUGGAAACUUUCUCAUUGGUUCUCCUCACAGUCAGCUCCUACACCCUUCAUGUCCUUUAUACACGAGUCUCCUCUUUGCAUGGUGACCCUGCUAUGGAUUAUACACAGUAGAUUUCAAAAAUACAUUCAUGCAUGUAUGUAGUACCACGUUUGGCCAAAUGAAGCUGUUGCCCAGGUUUUCUGCACAGGAUAAAAGAGCGAGUUUAAAAUGAAUUGUGAUACAUACACAAGCACAAGUUUCCUUAGUAAACAAGAAGGAACUCGUGCUUAAUCUACAGGAAUAACCUUGUAUGGAUAUUCUCUCUCCAAGGACCUGAAUAUUCAAUACAUCACAAAUGAAUGGAGGAGAAUAUGAUAGGCAAUAAAAGGAGGCAAUAGAGUGAGACUAUGAAAUGUUAUCUUCUGUAGAAGAGAGAAAGGAUUGGAAGAAAUUGAGAGAGAAGGGCAGAACAGGGUGAGAGGCUCUUCAGUCUCUUUUAAGCAGGCACCAUUUGAAGUGUGACUAAAUCAUAUAUGAGUUGGGAAGACUGUAAGGACACGACGUGAAGAAAGACCACAUAUUCUGAAGUCUCCACAGAGUAUCAGCUUACAUCUUCCUUUCAAUUCUUCCUUCCACAACGGUGAAGAGCCCUGAAGCUUUAAGAAGAUUUAGCAGAAUGAAUUCCAAUGUCUUGACAAUCAUUUAAUGAUAUAGAUCUAGGGGUAGUUUCAAAGAGCUGAUUAUCAGCAGAACUUCAAGGGGUGAGAUGGUGAGUUAUGUCCUUCUUAAAGCACAGCGUGGAUACUUUGAUCCAUUUGUGUAGCAGUAUGAAAGCUACCACGCUGCUGUCAUCACUGAAACCAAAUCAGAGCUCUAGUUCAGAGAGCAACAGUUAUUUCUACAAGGAUAUUUAUUGGCAGUGCUCCUUUUUUCCCCAACAAAAUACUAACAGCCUAUUUAAUAACCAGUGAUGUAUGACCUAAGCACAUGAUGAACUAACUCUACUGUCUUUGGAUGGAAGUGAUUAUCUAUUUUAUACUACCGUGGGCAGAGGUCAUAUUUACAGAGGUCAUCUUUAGAGACGCAUUUUAGAGUGCUUUGAAGCUGGCAGCCCACACGUAAAAGCACAGCCUACAUGGACCUGAGAGCUACGAGCCAACAGAAUUUAAUACCAUGCAUUAAAAAUCACUGCAGCCCAGCCGACAACUACUGAUUAUUAAUGCAAGUGCAUGAAAUUGCUACAGUCUAAUAUAAUCGUGAUGAUUUAGCUAGACUCAGAUGUAAAUGAGAUUAAAAUGAUGCCCAGGACAAAGUGACCUAGCCAUCCCUUUCCCUGCAUUAUACAUGCAUUAAGUAACUGUACAGUACUUUCAUUUUGGGUUCAGAAAGCCCUGCUGUGGGAUUAUAAAUGUAUUUAAAUCACAUUCGAAACAGUUGUGCAACUGCAUUAAGAAAGAGACUGUUAAGGAUCACUGUCGCUGUCCUCCCCGGAGUGGACACUAAACUUCUGUUGACAGUCCACUCCUGUCUGUGUCUCCUGAUGGCUCCAGACUGUGAUAAUAGCGUCUCUGUUUAUAAGCACAGAACUUUGUCACUGCCUGAGUAGAAGAGUCCAUUUUGAAGCUGCUUAAGUAGAAAACCUAAUGGACCUGUCAUGGAGCCUUGAGGAACCCCACACUCAAUUAUUUGUAUGAUUACCUCUCCUGCUGGUGGAUUAAAUAAAUGGGUGUCCCUGUAUCUCUGCAGUUUUCUAUCAGGGAAAUAAUACUGUAGCUAUAAACAUGUACUGUAGAUACACAAAUGUUUAUCUCGCCUUUAAAUAAACCCCUUUCUUAUAUCA